CCCCCUCCCGCUCCGCGGCGCGCUCGCGGACAGUCCGCGCGCGGGCCGGGCCGGGCCGGCGCCCCUCAGCCCGUCUCUCCCGCGUCGCCCUGGGCUCCGGGGGAUGCCCCGGCCGGGCCCACCUCAUGGCCGCCGACGUCUUCAUGUGCUCCCCGCGCCGGCCCCGCAGCCGCGGCCGCCCGGUGCUGCUCAAGCCCCAGGUGCCCGAGGACGACGACGACUCGGACACGGAUGAGCCGUCCCCGCCACCCGCCUCUGGCGCGGCCGCCCCGGCCCGGGCCCACGCGAGCGCCGCUCCGACGCCGCCCCGGGCCGGGCCGGGCCGCGAGGAGCCACCGCGCCGCCAGCAGAUCAUCCACAGCGGCCACUUCAUGGUGUCGUCGCCGCACCGCGAGCACCCGCCCAAGAAGGGCUACGAUUUCGACACGGUGAACAAGCAGACGUGCCAGACCUACAGCUUCGGCAAGACCAGCUCCUGCCACCUGUCCAUCGACGCCUCGCUCACCAAGCUCUUCGAGUGUAUGACUUUGGCCUACAGUGGGAAGUUGGUGUCUCCGAAGUGGAAGAAUUUCAAGGGCCUGAAGCUCCAGUGGAGAGACAAGAUCCGGCUCAACAAUGCCAUCUGGCGGGCGUGGUACAUGCAGUAUUUGGAGAAGCGCAAGAAUCCUGUGUGCCACUUUGUCACCCCACUGGAUGGUUCUGUGGACGUAGAUGAGCACCGUCGGCCAGAGGCUAUCACCACAGAAGGGAAGUACUGGAAGAGUCGCAUUGAGAUUGUGAUCAGGGAGUAUCACAAGUGGAGAACCUACUUCAAGAAAAGGCUACAGCAGCACAAGGAUGAGGACCUCUCCAGUCUGGCCCAGGACGAUGACAUGCUGUAUUGGCACAAGCACAGGGAUGGAUGGAAGACCCCAGUCCCCAUGGAGGAGGACCCCCUGCUGGACACAGACAUGCUCAUGUCAGAAUUCAGUGACACCCUCUUCUCCACACUUUCUUCACACCAGCCGGUGGCCUGGCCCAACCCACGAGAAAUAGCACAUCUUGGAAAUGCAGACAUGAUCCAGCCAGGGCUGAUUCCUUUGCAGCCCAACCUGGACUUCAUGGAUACCUUUGAACCCUUCCAGGACCUCUUCUCUUCCAGCCGCUCCAUUUUUGGCUCCAUGCUGCCUGCACCUGCCUCAGCACCUACAGCAGAUCCCAACAACCCACCUGCACAGGAGAGCGUCCUGCCGACCACCGCCCUCCCCACUGUGAGCCUUCCCGACAGCCUCAUCGUGCCCCCUGCCACCCCGUCUCUGGACCCCACGGAUGGGCAGGGCUGCGACCGCACUCCUCAGACCGGAGACCCCUUUAUCCAGCCCACGGACUUUGUUCCCUCGGAGCCGCCACUGAGCGUCCCGCAGUCGUUCCUCCCUGUCUUCACCAUGCCCCUGCUGUCUCCCAGCCCUGCCCCGGCACCGGUCUCCCCUGCGUUACCAUUAGCUCCUCCUGCCGCUGCCCUGAGCCCCCCGACUCCACCUGCCUUUCUGCAGCCACAGAAGUUUGCUGGAGUCAGCAAGUCACCCUCUGUCAUCACCCACACAGCCUCUGCCACCCUUACCCACGACGCCUCUGCCACUACCUUCAGCCAGAGUCAGGGCCUUGUGAUCACAACCCGUCACCCAACCCCGUCAGUGGCCUCCUGUGGCCUGGCACUGUCUCCUGUCACCCGGCCUCCAGCUGUUGGGCCUCCCCAACCUCGGUUAACUUUCGUGCAGCCCAAACCUGUAUCCUUGACUGGGGGGAGGCCCAAGCAGCCCCCCAAAAUAGUGCCUGCUCCCAAGCCAGAGCCUGUGUCCUUGGUGUUGAAGAAUGCUUGCAUCACCCCAGCUGCCUUUUCAGGUCAACCACAAGCAGUGAUUAUGACUCCAGGCCCACUGAAGAGAGAAGGAAUGUUGGCUUCUACGGUGUCCCAAUCCAACAUGGUCAUUGCGCCCGCUGCCAUCGCUAGGGCUCCUGGAGUCACAGAGUUCCACAGCAGCAUCCUGGUGACAGACCUUGGCCCCAGCACGAGCAGCCAGCCUGCCCCCGUCUCCCGACUCUUCUCUCCAAGCACAGUGCAAGAUUCCCUGGUGAAGGGCGAGCAGGUCCCGCUGCACACGGGCAGUCCCCAGGUCCCUGUCGUGGGUCCUGGUCGAGACUGCUCAAACUCAGGACAGGCCUCUCCGUGUGCAUCCGAGCAAAGCCCCAGUCCUCAGUCUCCCCAGAACAACUGCUCAGGGAAAUCUGCAGAGCCCAAAAAUGUGGCUGCAUUAAAGAACCGGCAGAUGAAGCACAUUUCAGCAGAACAGAAAAGGCGCUUCAACAUCAAGAUGGGCUUUGACACCCUCAACAGUUUGAUUUCUAAUAAUUCCAAGCUGACCAGCCACGCCAUCACGCUGCAGAAGACCGUGGAGUACAUCACCAAGCUGCAGCAAGAGAGGAGCCAGAUGCAGGAGGAGGCCCGGCGGCUGCGAGAGGAGAUCGAGGAGCUCAAUGCCACCAUCAUCUCCUGCCAGCAGCUGCUUCCUGCCACAGGAGUCCCCGUCACCCGGCGCCAGUUUGAUCACAUGAGAGACAUGUUUGAUGAGUAUGUAAAAAGCCGGACGCUGCAGAAUUGGAAGUUCUGGAUUUUCAGCAUCAUCGUCAAGCCGCUGUUCGAGUCGUUCAAGGGAAUGGUGUCCACCAGCAGCCUGGAAGAGCUGCACCGGACGGCGCUAUCCUGGCUGGACCAGCACUGCUCCCUGCCCAUCCUCAGGCCAAUGGUGUUGAACACGCUGCGGCAGCUGAGCACGUCCACCUCCAUCCUCACAGACCCGGCCCAGCUGCCUGAGCAGGCCUCCAAGGCCGUCACCAGACUGGGCAAGAGAUCGGGGGAGUCGUAGCCGCUUAGCUGGCAUGCGGUACCAUGGAGACCCUGCCCUGCCUGCGGAAAGGAGGCCGUGCCUCCCCAGCCCUUCCUGAUGCCCAGCCUCAGGGCCUCCCUUCGAUUCUGCAGCCCUCGGCGCUGGUCAGGAUGCCACGCUCAGGUCUGAAGCAGGUUCGGAGCCUGCUGUCAGCAAUAGCCCAUCUUUGGGAAGCCCUUGCUGUGAACUCUCACUCAGUGAUCUCAGUCACCAACCUCCUCUGUCCUCAGAGCAGCCCAGACGAAAGGGAAGUACUAGUCCUGUCCUGCUGGGGGCCUGUCGGGCCCUGUGCUAGUGAGCCGAGUUGAUGGGAUGAGG